CUAUUCAUUAUGAGACUGAUUAUCCGUGAAGACUAUGAAGAAGUAGCCCACUACAUCGCAAACUACAUCAAGGAGCGUAUCAACCAGUUCCAGCCGUCAAGCGAACGUCCCUUUGUCUUGGGUCUUCCUACUGGAUCGUCGCCUAUUGGUGUCUACAAGAAGCUUGUCGAGUUGUACAAGUCAGGCGAAUUGAGCUUCCAAAACGUCGUUACCUUUAAUAUGGACGAGUACGUCGGCCUUCCCCGUGACCACCCCGAAUCCUACCAUUCCUUUAUGUGGAAGAGUCUGUUUAUGCAUGUCGAUAUAGUCCCAGAGAAUGUCCACAUCCUUGACGGUAAUGCUCCGGAUCUGGAUGAAGAGUGCAAGAAGUUUGAGGCCGACAUUGCACGCGUUGGUGGCAUUGAACUCUUCUUGGGUGGUAUUGGUCCCGAUGGUCACAUUGCCUUUAACGAGCCUGGUUCUUCUCUUACAUCACGCACCCGUGUCAAGACCCUUGCCUAUGAGACCAUCAUUGCCAACGCUCGUUUCUUUGAUGGUGAUAUCAGCAAGGUUCCCAAACUUGCCUUGACUGUUGGUGUAGCUACUGUAAUGGAUGCUCGUGAGGUUGUUGUUAUCAUUACUGGUGCUCACAAGGCUAUUGCUCUGGCAAAAUGUAUCGAGGACGGUGUCAAUCACAUGUGGACUGUUUCUGCUAUCCAGAUGCACCCCAAGGGUUUGAUUGUGUGUGACGAAGAUGCUACCUUGGAAUUACACGUAAAGACUGUAAAAUAUUUCAAAUCUAUCGAGCACGUCCAUCACUCACUUAUUGGUGCUGAAAACCUCUCACUUCAGGGUGGCGUUAAACAGCUCAGAAGCCCAGUUAGCAACGACCGCCCUCAGACACCCUUUGAGUAACGAAGUGUACUAAUAAUAAUAAUAAUUAAAGCAACAUAUUCCCCUCCCCUCCUCCAACCUUCACCUUUACCUAUUCUCUUGUCUUCUUACUUAGCAGAGCUUAAAACCAUCCUUUUUUCUUUUAUUCUUCUUCUAUAGCUUCAUAUGUACAUCCUAUAUAAAUAUUUAUUUAUAUAUAUACAAUUUAUACAAUUUAUACACCCUUUUCCUUGUUUUUUUUUUAUAUAUAAAUAUAUAUUAUAUAUUAUAUAUAUAUUUU